AUGUCGAAUGACAACAGAAAGCUUUAUGAAAAUUUACGCCGCCUUUUUCCGCAAAGAAGGUUGAAAAAACCUGCCACCAGAAUCGCUGGGUAUGAUCAAGAGCCGUCAACCUUUGCAAAUCCUGUGGAUGAAACGACUUCAAUCCCAAACCCUGAUAUAUUCGUUCCACAACCAAAUAAAUCUAUAACAAGUGAAAUCCAAAAUGCCAUUGAAGAUGAGGGAGAGAGUUCUACCAAUUCGUUGGAUGAUUCGAACAAAGAAAGAAUUGUCACCAAGGCAGAUGAUGCUGCUGUCGCCAAGGCAGAUGAUGCUGUUCCCAAGGCAGAUAACGCAUCGGACGCACCUUCCCCGACACCUUUCAUGAGACCUGAGCCGAAACCUCCCAAAAGUUUACCAAAAGUUGCUUUGGAUUUGUGGGAUGUGGCUUACGAAUCUCUUAAAUCUGAAAAUCCUGGCUUAUGGAAAGACUAUGAAAGAAGAAUAGACCUUUGGUUACAGGCCGGCGGUGGGAAACCACGAUAUUCAACUAAGUCUCAAAGUAUUAGCUUGUCUACUAUGAAUUAUGAAGAGAGACAGAAGCAGAUGGAGGGAAUCAUUAGCCUCUACCUCAGCAUUGAUCAAGACGUUGAAACUGCUACCGAUGCCGAGACCGAGACGGACAGCGAUAUUGAGAAUGGUGAAGAUACUGAGGUCGACAGACGGUCAUACAAUUUGUCGCCAUAUAUACGGGACAUCAUGAAAUCAUCCGGCUACCGUGUUGGCGACCCAUCUCUACCAUGGGCAGGUAUAUGUCUUUCCAUAGAGAGUAUCUCGUAUCCUGCAUACAAACCAAAAAUAGCGUUAUCCAGAAUUGGCUACAUUAUAUCCAGAAUAAGAUGGUAUAUACUUCUUGCUAGUCUUCUUAACGAUGACAACGAUGACAACGAUGACAACUUCACCAAAAGGUCUACUAUCAAAGAACAACUAACUUUGCAGGACCGAAUCACGGACCUUUAUAAAGAAAUUCUCUUAUAUCAAGCUCACGUCGUUUGUUCUCAAACAGAGAAAAUUCAAGAGAAAUACAGAACCGAAGCGGAUCAGUAUCUAUUGACCAGAGAUGGUAUUAUAAGCGCGGCUGGCGUGAUUAGCGCAGAAAAGGCUCUGGCAUGCUUUAGCGGGCAGCAAGUCGAAGAGCAGCUCAACAGCCUUGCCAAACUCUAUGAUAAUGAAACAGCCAGUGCGACACGCGAUGAUAAGCGAUAUGCUGACGCCAAUGACGUUAAAGACGUAUUGGGAAGAUUAAGCGCAGUAGACCCCAGGGAAAAGAUAUUAGAAUUGAGCGAAGAGACUCUCAAUCAUCUCUAUGAAUGGCUAUGCCGUACAUCGCAAUAUACUGAGCUCACCACCGGGAACUCGCAUGGACUUUGGAUCACUGGUGCCCCUGACUCUGGUAGGACAAUGGCUAUGUGGGCGAUCAUUCAGGGGCUCUCCGCGCAAAGAAGACAAUCCUCGCAUACCAGCUUCGUCUCGUUUUCAUUCUGCGGUAACGGCAAACAUGAAGUCGACAGACUAAAAGGCCACUUAGUUGAUAAGUACGAAUCGACAGGUCGAAUGGAUUUCUCAGAUGGAAACGAUGCGUAUGUCUUAUCACUUGCCUUGUAUGACAUCAUCAGAGAUGAGCAAUUCAAGGACACUAUUUUCCUCAUUAAUGGGAUUGAUGAGAUUGAGAAUGGUGUAUAUUUUACCAAGGAGCUCAUCAACACAACAAUAAGCAUUUCAAGCAAAAUCAAGUGGGUCGUUGCAACCUCUAAUUCCCAUGAGAACAUCUUCAUAUCUACUACAUGUUCCAAUCAAGAAGACAACUUAGCGCAUAUGAAUGCAAACGACGAGCAUUCCAUUCAACAAGACAAUAUACCGCAUAUCGACAUGAAUAAUCAACAAAGAUAUAUUCAAUCCAUCCUCCUUGACUGCUAUAUUCCUUUUAAGGUGGAGAAGUUAGCACAAUACAACAGACUAUAUCAGGGAAAAUUUCGCCAAGACGUCACUGAUCUACUAUGCAAACUCUGCCCUGGGAAUUCUCUAUGGGUCGAUAUAGCUUGUGAAGCGAUACGACAAGAAGAUGCCUGGAAUGCUCUAGACAUUCUUCAACGGAUAUCACAAAACAAGUCGGAAAACAAGAACCCUUUCGAUCCAAUUUGCGAACAGAUGCGAAUAAAUUAUCCCUGGCCUGCCUCCAAACCUCUGAAUCAGUUGUCACAAAACUUGUUAAAACAUAAUGGCACAAUCCACAAACUGUAUUCCAAUAUGCUAGCUGACAUUGCCGAAUUACCUUUUCAAGACUCUAAACUCUGUUUGAGGAUACUAUUUGCUAUGGCUGUGGUGUACAGGCCUCUUGAUCUACUUGAGCUGGAAGCAGCUUUAGAUCUAGAGCCACAGAUCGACCUUGAGCUUCUGGUUAAGAAGUGUUCCGCCUUCUUGGAAAUGCGCGGCACAAUUACAGCAGCUACAUUCUUUACCGAGAAUAUCUUGCAAUGGCUAGAUCUCUUGAUAUCAUCUUCUCGGUUAUCUCAGGCUUUGACUCUGAUAUCAGAGUUACAGAACCAUUUCUCCAAAAAACUAGAGUCAGGACACAAUAGCAUAAAAGACAUUCAAGAAAAUCUGAGUCAUAUUUACGAGACGCAGCAACUACUCCAUUUCCAUAAAAUGAGUUCAAGUCCAGUCGACGCUGGUAUUAAGAAUACUCUACUUUUUUGCCCACCCGAUAGCAUAAUACGAGAACUAUUUUUGAAGCAAGUGUGGCCAGAUUUAGCAGCCUCACCAACCGUUACAAACUUCUGGAGCCCUAUCAUUCAUAUUCUCAAGGGACAUUCAGAUUAUGUUCGCACUUGCGCCUACUCUCAUGACGGCAAGCUUCUGGCUUCGGGAUCGGAUGAUGGCUCAAUACGCAUCUGGGACACAGCGACAGGGGAAAUGCAGCACGUAAUUCAAGCUUUUUCAAGUUAUGAAUACAUAUAUGAUAUUGCUUUCUCAAAAAAGGGUUAUUUGGCUGCGACAGACCGAAGAAACAUCAAGAUUUGGAAAGUUGCUACAGGCGAGCUACAAAGCUUUGUCUGUCGGGAAUCAAACAAGACUGGUAUAGUAGCCGGUAUCCAUUUUUCCGAAGAUGGAAGUAUGCUCGUGGCGGCAGUGGAUGCUUCCAUCGUCAUAUGGAGGGUUCCGUCAUUCCAUGUCAUUUUGAGAGAGAGAAAUGUUUCUCCAUACGAAGCUGCGUGUGUAAGAUUUUCCAGAGAUGGGGCUUUCCUAGGAUGGGUUUCAGAAGCUCAUUUUCAUAUCUGGAGACUAGAGUAUACAAAAAAAAGCGUGAUUGACAAGGAAGAAACCAUAUCAAAUUUACCAAUGGAGAAAAACUGGAAAGUUAUCGAAGAAAAGAAGCUGCGAAUUCCAAUGCGGAUGAGCGACGAUUGGACCCGUGGGUUUGAUUUUUCCCCCGAUUCAAAAUAUGUUGCCACAGGAACAGACGAGUCGAACUUAGUAUACAUCUGGGAUUGGAAGUCGGACGCUGAGCCAACUGUUCUCACUGGACACACUGAUUCUGUUAGAGCUGUUGCAUUUUCCCCUUGUGGUUCCUUUCUUGCAUCUGGAUCAGACGACGCAACAUGCAGAAUAUGGAGAAUUCCACAUGACGCUAAACAGAAACAGCCAGCUUUGAUAUUGAGAGGACAUACGCGAGGUGUUUAUGGGUUGUCAUUCUCUACCCUCUCAAAAUGCAUUGCUACCUGCUCUAGCGAUAAAACCGUCCGCAUUUGGGACUAUGAUACCUAUGUGACCGAAGCGAAGCUAAGGGCUGAUAUGGUGGAUGAAUCCCAACCACACAAACGGCAAAUCUCUCGCAUUGCAUUGUCUGAGAAUGAGAAGUGGCUUGCGUCAGCCUCUGAUGAUGGUGAAAUCUGUCUGUGGAACGGGAAAUCGGGAGAAUUUAAGCAAAGGCUGUCUGUUCAUAAACAAAGUAUUGAAUCACUUGUAUUCUCUCAAGAUUCCACACGACUGGUUUCCGCAUCCGACGAUGAAACUAUUGGAAUCUGGGACCUUACAGGUAGUCCAACGCCACGGCUUCUCUUCGGCCAUGAUAAUUGGGUGCGCUGCGCUGUAUUAUCUCGCGACGGAAAACUUGUCGCUUCGGGAUCUGAUGAUAUGACUGUUCGAGUGUGGGACAUCACACAACCUGGUGUUGGAAAAGAUGGGCAACUGAAAGGUGACGACGAAGCGACAGAGGAGGAAGAAAUGCAAGGGGUACGAAUACUUCGAGCUCAUGAAGACUAUGUUAUGUCCGUACUCUUCUCAAACGAUGGAAAAUACGUGGUGUCCGGAGCAGAUGAUGGCGAGAUACUACUUUGGAAGGUCCUCAUGGAUCGACCAAGUUCUUCACAGUCAACGACUGUAAUCAGAGACAGAGGCCAUGGUCGUGUGCGCACAAUGGCAUUCUCAGCCGAUUCAAAAUUGUUCUUCGCUUCCUGUUCCGACAGCAUAUCGAUAUGGAAGGUUGAUGAAGAGAAUAAAAACAGCAUAUCGAUCUGGAAGGUUGACAACGAGAACGAGAACAUGUCAUUCCAGUUUGAUUCAUCUGCUAAAACAAAUAGUGCGCUUUACUCGUUGAGAAUUCUUGAUGAAUUCCCAAAAUACUUGAUAACAGAAAUGGGCCCUAUGUUAAUUCAAGAUCUACGGAAGGCUUCUUCAUCUGCACAAAUAAUAUACCCACUUUGGAGCCUACUUAGCGUCCAAAACCGUCACAUAGACAAGAAAGAUGAGAAAUGGAUUACUUGGGGUGACAAAAAGCUGGUUUUUCUACCACAGCAGUUUUACCCUACCUCUGCCCAGACCCUGCUAAUACAUAAACAAAAGAUUAUCAUCGGAUGCGCUUCAGGACAGCUCUUAUUCUUCAGGUUCGAGGAAGAUUCAAAAUUCGAUAACUUUUCAAAUUUGUGA